UCAUCCGGCCUGUCAGUCCCUUAAUCUGAUCCCCGAGGAACAACGCAGAGGCUUCACUCUAGAUGACAAACGAGGAGGGGAGAGGCCUGCCCUGCCUGGACUCCGGCCCCAGCCAUGACCAUGUAAGCAAGGUGACACCCGGAGGGAGUCCCCACACCCCCUUUUCAUCCUCAGACGGGCUUGUGGUCAGACCUGGGAAUCCUGGCUCACCUUGGCUCCAGCAUCCCCCUUGCUGCCUCUAGGAGCCUAUUCAUGCAAGGAAAUAGCAUCCCAUGAACUCUGAACAUCUGCAAAAUGCCGACCUAGAGCGAUGGCCACAGUCUGAAUGUGGGCGUGAGCGAGAAGCGCCCGCAGACCAGGCCCCGCCCCCGCGUGGAAAGGGAGCCAAUGGAUGGGGAGCAGCCGACAGGGGCGAGGGGGACCUCAGGACGGCGAUGGACAGAUUGAAGUCGACGUGCCGGGAGGCAGGGAAUUCAGUUCCGCAGCAGGAAGAGGGGUCGGUACUGAUCACUCAUUCCUUCACUGGUUCAGCAAAUACAGUGUGUCACACCCUGUGGUAGGCGCUGGGGACAUCCCAGGGACGAGACUGAAAGCCCUCCUCCCCAGCCGCAGACAGACACCAAAGGGCAGAGCUCACAGCCGCAGUCUCUCUCACCAGCUUACUGGGGAAUCGCAACUCCUCAGGGUGCUGAGUUGAAAUAAGGAGUGACUGCCUCCAGCAGAGCUGUAAACUCCUUGGGGAAUAGAGGCAGAUGGGACUCCCGCCUCCCAUCGGAGCCCUGGAGACAGGGCCAGCCCCUGGCCGCCAGCCCCCCUCCGCCUGGCCCCCAGCCUAACCGUCAGCUCUUCUGGCCUGUCCAGGCCCCUUUGAUGGAGCCGCAGAAACAAGGGCUCCUUUGACAGAAGGGGGGCCUCAGAGCCUGGAUGAUGGGACUUCAAAGCUCUGUCAGCCCAGGGGACAAAAGUGUUGCGGGCUGCCCAGAGGAGCGCCGAGUGGGCAGUAAAUCGAGUGGCGAUGGAGAUCCAGCACAGGCUGCACGAGUGCCGUAGCUGUGCCAACCACACCACCCCAUGCCCUGCACCUGGGUGGCCCAGGCUUCAGGCCCCCCUCCUCCAGGAUCCACCUGAGCCAGGUCCUUGUGGCGAGAGACACCCGGGCACUGUCAACGUGACGCGGGCCCACGGCCGCAUUGUGGGGGGCAACGCUGCACCCCCAGGGGCCUGGCCCUGGCUGGUGAGGCUGCAACUCGGUGGGCAGCCUCUGUGCGGCGGCGUCCUGGUGGCGGCAUCCUGGGUGCUUACGGCGGCGCACUGCUUCGCGGGCGCCCAGAACGAGCUUCUGUGGACCGUGACGCUGGCCGAGGGGCCCCGGGGGGAAAAAGCGGAGGAGGUACCUGUGAACCGCAUCUUGCCCCACCCCAAGUUUGACCCUCGGACCUUCCACAACGACCUGGCCCUGGUGCAGCUGUGGACGCCGGUGAGCCCGGCAGGGGCGGCGCGCCCUGUGUGCCUGCCCCAGGAGCCCCAGGAGCCCCCCGCCGGCACCGCCUGCGCCAUCGCGGGCUGGGGUGCCCUCUUCGAAGAUGGGCCUGAGGCUGAGGCGGUGAGGGAGGCCCGAGUGCCCCUACUCAGCCCGGAUACCUGCAGAAGGGCCCUGGGACCCGGGCUGCGCCCUAGCAGCAUGCUCUGUGCUGGCUACCUGGCCGGGGGCAUUGAUUCGUGCCAGGGUGACUCUGGAGGCCCCCUGACCUGUUCUGAGCCUGGUCCCCACCCCAGGGAGGUCUUGUACGGAGUCACUUCCUGGGGGGACGGAUGUGGGGAGCCAGGGAAGCCAGGAGUCUACACCCGUGUGGCUGUGUUCAAGGACUGGCUCCAGGAGCAGAUGAGUGCGGCCCCCUUCAGCCACGAGCCCAGCUGCAGGGAGCUUCUGGCUUGGAACCCGAAAGAGGAGCCUCUGGCCGAGGCCGCCCCGCCCUGCGCCUUCUACGCCCACCUGUGCCCGGGGCCCGCGGGCGCCUGUGAGCGUUUGGCGCACCAGCAGUGCCUGCAGCGCCGCCGCCGAUGUGGUCAGUCCCGUUCCGGUUCCCGGGGCUGGCCUGGGGGCCCGGGGGUCUGGCCCGCGUCUGACCGCCGCUUGGACCCUUGUCCCGCCCGCAGAGCUGCGCUCGCUGGCGCACACCCUGCUGGAACUGCUGCGAGGCGCCCAGGAACUGUUCGGCCCGCGCCCCGGGGUGCGGCGCCUGGCCCCGGCCCUGACUCGCCCAGCUCCGUGGCUCCGGGAUCCGCCCAGGCGCCCUUCUCACGAGCAGCGGCUGCACCCAGGUACCCCAGGCCCUUGCAGCCCAGCUCGGGCUCCAGCCCAGCGCGGCCGAGGCGUCCCCCUAACCCUGCAUCUCCCCAGGACCGCGGGCUGCGGGCACGAGGUUUCCGAAGAGGAGGUCGGAGCCGCGCGCAGAAGCAAACGGCUGCCCUGGGUUGGAGCCCCUGCUGCAGAAGCUGGCCACCCUCCAGGGCACCCACGCCUGGAUUCUGCAGGUCCCCUCAGAGCGCCUGGCCAUGGACUUUCAUGAGGUGGGUCCCCAGGCUUUCCAGACUCCCUCGCAGUGUGCACAGAAGGCUCGCCUGGGUCAGCCCUGAUGGGCAGGGGGCCAGCAGUCCUGGGGGUGGAGGUGCUGGCAGAUCUGGGCUCCAAGACACUGACGGGGCUCUUCCGAGCCUGGAUUCAAGCAGGCUUGGGGGGCCGGCACGUGGUCUUUGGCGGCCUGGUGGGCUUGGAGCCAGCCACGCUGGCACGAAGCCUUCCCCGGUUGCUGGUGCAGGCUCUGCAGGCCUUCCGCUUGGCAGCCCUGGCGGAGGCAGAGCCCCAGGGAGCUCAGAUGGGUUCAAGGCAGGCCUGAUGGUUGGGAGGAAAUGGCACCACCGACUCAGCCCUCGGGUUCCCCCCAGGGGGCGCUCAUGAGCCACAUCUCCACCCCAGCCCCUGGUGGGGACUGCUGUUCCCGGGGCCUGGGAAGGGUUCAGGGAGCAUGAUGACAAACUGUCACUGCCAGAGUUGGGUGGGUGUGGAGGGGGUGGGGCAGGAGUCCUGAGCCUGAUAUGUCUUCCCAGAUGCUCCGUCAGAGAAUCACAGCUGCUUUA